AUGGCUUUAGUAUUUAGGACUGUGGCACAAGUAACUGGAAUUUCACUCUCUCUGCUGGGAUGGCUUUUAUCCUGUCUCACAAACUACCUGCCACAUUGGAAAAACCUCAACCUGGAAUUAAAUGAAAUGGAAAACUGGACCAUGGGACUCUGGCAAGCCUGCGUCAUCCAGGAGGAAGGCGGGAUGGAGUGCAAGGACUUCGACUCUUUCCUGGCUCUGCCGGCCGAGCUCAGGGUCUCCCGGAUUUUAAUGUUCCUGUCCAACGGGCUGGGGUUUCUGGGCCUGCUGCUCUCUGGGUUUGGGCUGGACUGCCUGAGAAUCGGAGAGGGGCUGCGGGAGCGCAAGAAGCGACUGCUGAUCCUGGGAGGAGCCCUGCUCUGGAUGGCAGGCGCGGCGGCCCUGGUGCCGGUGUCCUGGGUCGCCCACGUGACCGUGCGGGAGUUCUGGGACGAGACCAUCCCAGAGAUUGUGCCCCGCUGGGAGUUUGGGGAAGCCCUCUUCAUCGGCUGGUUUGCCGGGUCGGCCCUCCUCCUGGGGGGGUGCCUGCUGAACGGGGCCGCCUGCUCCACCCAAGCUCCUCUGGCUUCGGGCCACUACACGGUGGCAGAA